UUUACAACGGAAGGCUGUGGAGAAACCAAAGGUUGUUACGCAUCGCCAGCCUCGUGCACAACGAGCGAAAAUUGUAAUUUUCUGAUAACCUACAAUGCCACAAAUUCAACUCAUGUUGAGUUCGAGCUGAGUGGGAAAGGAGACUGGAUAGCAGUCGGUUUCAGUGAUGACCAAUUAAUGGUAGGUUGUCUCUGAGAACUCGCCACUUUGGAGACCAUAAGCGGACUGGAGCCGAAAUGUGUUUCGCAAUUGAUUCUGGGAUUGUUACUGGGGAAGCGUCCUUAUUGGCCAAUUUUUUUCCCUGUCUCUAGUAACAGUCUCAGAAGUCUUUGCCACAGUUUACUCGGCCUAGUUUCCUUGAUUCCUUCUCGAUUCUUUAAUGGCGAAUACAUGCAGACCUCCUUAUUGUACAUCUCUGUGCUUUUCCAACUUACGUCAAUUGAUGAGUACUAAGAGAGCUAUGUCUUUGAAAUUUCGCCAUGUUUACGUACCAAAGUGCGGUUAAUUCACGAAAAGACAAAGGCAAUUUUCUCUAAUUGAGAAUGUGACUUGAACCAAACUGGAAACAAGUCUCUUUGGCGAGAAACAAAGCACAAAGCUUAUUACGAUUUAUUUAAAGGAAGCCAUUUUAAAUGGGACAAAAGGUUCGUGUAAUUUUCUCGAAAAGUUCUUCAUCGAAGACUAUUUUCCUUAUCAACAUUUGCAGUAGAAUUAGUGGCCACUUAUGCAGUUUCUUUGUACCUUUGGGACAGAAGGAUAACGAAACGAAGGAAUCGCAUCGUAAUUGUAUUCAUUUCGUCUCCCUUGGGGCGCUUUCCAUUCAAGCCAAAACUCCGGCACUUUCGGUUUGGUCUGACCGCAAUAUUCGGAACCAGCUUUGUGGGUGGUCCACUCUGACCAGUCUGGUCAUUUCGGUCUUUAAUUCCACAUUAAUUAGCUAUUUCUGCCAUGUUUUCUUCAUAAACUUUUUAUCAGUUUUUCAAGAUAAGGAAGCCAAAAAUCUGUUUUAAAAAUAUACAUUUCGUAGUAGCAAUACUGUUGAAUGCAGUGAUUUUAUUUAAGAUAUUAUUAUAUAAGUAAAUUCCCAAAAAUCUCUCACUCACUCUUUAACUGGCAUCAAGUCAAAGAAUUAACUGUUUUACAAAUAUAUCACAUAGGUAAAUACCGACAUUCUGAUGUGUGUCAAUAAUCAAUCACUUAGUGGUCAUUAUUACGCAACAAACCGGUCAAGACCGCCAAGGACAAAUCCAGUAAGUAUCAUGUAACUUAAUUUCGUGGUAUGCAGUUUUUCUUAAUUUUGCAAAGAUCGAGUGAGAAAGGAAGUCAACUUCAUCCAUAGUAUACAGAAGACAAAAAUAUCAAUUUUUUUGGCGUGACUUCCAACUAGGCCCUAUUUAUGCAAAGAAAGUGAUCCUGGGAAGAGGGUCACUCUCUCCGCUAGGUGGGUCACCCUUAUAGCCGAGAAAACCUUUUUUUCUGAUGUAAACGGUUCGUCACGUUUUGUAAGGUAAUAGACUCACCCAGGGUAGUUGGGUGAAUGAGCAACCCUUCUACCCAGGACCUUUUUCUCCAUAAAAACAGGGUCUUAGGUUUGCUCCAGUAAUACAUUCAACUCAUUUAUCUAUAAAAUGGGGCGUGGUCAUCCCUUCUUAUUCCAUUCUCUCCUCAACCUCGUUUGCUCUCACAGCACAUAAUCACAUCUACUUAGUUUAUACAUGGGAUCCUAUUAACCAGAAAUGGUUAAUUUGUUUUGAAAAGAAAUGGAAAAUUAAAAUAGUGAUAUAUAUAUUUCAGCAAGAGAGAAUUUAAGAGUUAGAUGACUGGGAAAACCGCCUCAUAUUUUGCAUCCUUGAUUUAAAACGUGGAGGUGUCCCUGGAUUGGAAAUAUCGAUUCAGGAUGCACUGUUCGCUUUAUGUUAGGGUUUCAUAGUGAUGAGUUUGGAAGUUGUAUGGGUUGUACGGGUUGUGUUGACAUCCCAUGCUUGUUCUGCUGCAGUAUAAUCAAUAAAGCGUAACAACGUUUUUCAGUAACAAGAAAGCAGUUGGAUUCGAUUGUUAUACUGUUCAUCAUCAUUAUUAACGUCGUCAUCGUCGUCAUUAUUAUAAGUAUCAUAACAAUAAUAAUAAUUAUAUUACUAUAAUUUAAUUAUAUUAUUAUAAUUAUGAUAAUAGUGAUAGCAAGAUAAUCGGCUCCUGACGAUAGUUCUUAUUAAGACUACUUGCCCUCCAGCCAUCUAUUCCAAGUUUAUUACACUGAAGUGCCACAGGAUCUAAAGUGGGGCGAUUAUUACAAACAAGUGCGACAGAACCUUCCAUCAUAAUUGUGCAGUAUAUGUUUGCCUAUAACUUAUGAUUUUAUUAUACUCCGAUGUGUCUUUCUUCCAGACACCUGCAGCAGUACAAUUUAUCGAGCAAGCAGACGAGAAUAACACUAUAAAAUGCAGGCAUGUAAUAUGGUUGUUCCCUGGGUGUAUUUCUUCAUUUACCGGAGCGAUUGCAAAGAAAAAUAAAUGAUUCUAAAUCUAACGAAAUCACUUAUAACGUAAGUUAAUCCGUCUCUUUUAGGGUUUCAAGGGAUAUUAAUCCAAAUCCACCAAUACAAAAUUUUAAAGAUCUUAACCAAGAGGUAUUCCUUUUAGCUGCUUAUGGA